AUGUCGUUUCGCAAGCGCAACAUUGGUGUCCAGAGAUCCCCAAUCGCACCGUCUUCGGCAGAUGCCCCCGUAGAGCCAAAUGUCGCACCAGCACCCACAGCUUCUGGCAUCAGGCCAUCGCCUUUGACUGGACAGCCCACGACGUCGACAGGAGCCUACUCACUGGACAGUCUAUUAGGCGGUCAUGCAGGACUGGCGCUAGGCUCAUCGCUGCUUGUUGAAGAGAGUGGAACUACAGACUUUGCUGGUGCUCUCUUGCGAUACUAUGCUGCUGAGGGCAUCAUCCAAAGCCACACUGUCCAUCUCGUGGGUGCUGGUGAACAAUGGAUCAAGGAUCUGCCAGGCUUGGUAGGAGAUGCCGAAGCUGCAGAAGCCCAAAAGCAAGCAAAGAGCGAUGAGAAGAAGAUGAAGAUUGCUUGGAGAUACGAGAGACUGGGCCAAGUAGACGCCGAUCGAGGCAGUAGAGGUGAACAAGCAUACAUAGACACUGUACGACAAAGUUAUCUGACUGCUUCGCAGNUCGUCCCCCAACGUGGCCCUGCCCCUGUCCAGACGUCUGAGCAGCAAGACGAACAACAAUCGCUGGCCUUCUGUCACACCUUUGAUCUUGCAAAGCGUCUCGCUGUACCAGCUGAUGCCGACGUCAAUCACAUCGCCAUCUCCCCUCAAUCACCCUUGCUUGCCAUCCUGCAGAACGUUGCUCAGCGACUGGGUUCUUCUAGGCCUCACACGAUACAUCGUCUAGUGAUACCUUCUCUCCUAUCGCCCGCGCUGUAUCCACCCUCGGCCGGUGCUCCAGAGAAUUUGCUUCAGUUCCUGCAUUCUCUUCGUUCCCUGCUUCGACAAUAUCCCGGCCGCCUAACCGCCAUGAUCACACUUCCGCUAGAGCUGUACCAUCGCUCGAGCGCCCUCGUCCGCUGGGCCGAGACUCUUUCAGACGGCGUGCUCGAGCUCACCCCUUUCCCACAUCUCAUGGACGCUGCAAACAGCUUGGCCGAGAGUGGUGGUGCAAGAGCAACUGACGAGCAACCUCAAGGUAUGCUGAAACUGCACAAGCUGCCAGUGAUGACUGAGCGUGGUGGAGGAGGUGCGGCCGCCGGUGUGGGCGAUGAUUUGGCAUUCACCGUCAGCAGACGACGUUUCGUCAUUAAGCCCUUCAGUCUGCCGCCAGCAGAAGGAGAUAUCGAGGCCCAGCAAGGCAAUGCUGAAGGAGGUGCAAUAGGCAAGGCCACAAAGAUCGACAUAGAGUUUUAG